AUGUCAAAACCUUUCAAAGUUACAGAUUCUACGUGGACAAUACGUUCGGUAGACCCAUGUGUUGCAAAUUAUACACAUAAUUUAGGUGGGGAGUAUUCUAAGGCAAUACCAGAAAAUCCAUUAUUUGUUUCAAUACUUUGGAGUAAUCCACUGAAUGAAUUAAUAUAUAAGUUUAAAUCCAUUAAGGGAAUUUUCAUGAUGGUAUUGAUGCAUGACAUCCCUGACGUUUCAGCAAAAGUUCAAGAUUUUCAUCAUGCCGCAACAAUCCUUCCAUAUGGAAAGAUGUCGCAAGAUGGUAGAAUGAUUAAACAUGGCGGUGUUAAUGUGGAUUACAGGGCAACUACGAUCAUUGGAACUAACAAGUUAAAACUUGGAUUAAUAAUUGGUGAAAUUAUUUUACUCUUUUUAGUAUUGGUAUCUGAAGAACAAGUCUCUAAAGUUCUAAUGAACAAUCUUCAAAAUCAUUUUGGUGUAUUAAAUGGUUCCGAAUAG